GGAGAAGACAGAGCGGGUUGGAGGGAUGAAAUGACCAGAAGAGAGGGAGAGAGGGCUCACAGGUGUGCAGAUGGAGAAUGUUGAGGAACACUCAGCCAACGCUGGGGCCUGCUAUCCAAAACAAGAUCCCUCAGAGCGUGGUGGCGGUCACAUGAUCUCGACGGAUGACCUGGAGUACCCGCGGGAGUACCGGACGCUGGGGAACGGGACGCGGCGUUUCUCCAACGUGGGUCUGGUGCACACCUCGGAGCACCGCCACACAGUUAUCGCAGCCCAGAGCCUGGAGGCCCUUACCAACCUGCACAAGGUGGACAUGGAGCGCAAGAGGGACGCCUUCAUGGACCACCUGAAGAACAAGUACCCGCCCCAGCUGCAGCACCCCGGGCAUCAGCACCACAACCCCCCCUCGCCCUCACCCUCCCAUGGCAGCAUGAGGCAGCCUGACAGAGAGCGAGCCGCGCGCGAACAGCAACAACCCAACUACUGGAGCUUUAAGGUCAGUGCUAGUCGUAGCCCACGCCACUCCCAGUCCACCCAGUCUGGGCUAGCUGACCAGGCCGCUAAGCUGUCCUUUGCCUCGGCUGAGUCUCUGGCUGAGACUAUGUCUGAGGCUGACAUCCCCCUGGGGUUCAGCCGAACCGACCGCUUCCGACAGAGUCUGCCCCUGUCCCGCUCAGCCAGCCAGAACAAGCUGCGCUCCCCAGGCGUGCUGUUCCUGCAGUUUGGGGAUGAGACGCGGCGGGUGCACAUCACCCACGAGCUGAGCAGCCUGGACACGCUGCACGCCCUCAUCGUGCACAUGUUCCCCCAGAAGCUGACGGCGGGGAUGCUCAAGUCCUCCAACACGGCCAUCCUGAUCAAGGACGAGGCGCGUAACGUCUUCUACGAGCUGGAGGACAUCCGAGACAUCCAGGACCGCAGCAUCAUCAAGAUCUACCGCAAGGAGCCCAUCUACGCCUCCUACCCCGCCACACACCUGGUCAACGGGGACCUAAGGAGGGAUCUGGUGUACACGUCCCGAGAGUCCUCCCCCACCCGCCGCCUCAACACCCUACCCUCCUCCUCCGCCUCGCCCCCAUCCGGCUCCCCAUCCCGCUCCCGUCUGUCUUACAGCGGGGGUCGGCCCCCCUCCUUUGCCGGGCCGGGUAGUCACCCCCAGCUACAACAACACUCCCAGCACCAGCAGCACCCCCAGCAGCACCAGCCCCAGCACUCCCACCACCCUGGAGCCGGCUCCCACCACGGGGGCCCCAACGCCGGCCUGUCCUCCUCCCCUAGCGCCAUCCUGGAGCGCCGCGACGUCAAGCCCGACGAGGAGGUUUCUGGGAAGAACAUGAUGCUGGUGAAGGAGGGGCUGUACGCCGACCCCUACAGCCUGGUACACGAGGGCCGCCUCAGCAUCGCCUCCACACAGUCGCUGGCUGCCAUCGGAGACCCCUUCGGCUUUCCCGUGUCUGGUGGGCUGUAUCGCCGCGGCUCUGUGCGCUCCCUCAGCACAUACUCUGCUGCCGCCCUGCAGGGGGAGCUGGAGGACGCCCUGUACAAGCCUGGAGGUCCCCUAUACUCCGACUCCUAUUCCUCAGCCACACUGGGCAUGGGCUUCCGCAUGCCCCCCUCCUCCCCCCAGAAGAUCCCUGAUAUGCAGCUGAGGGACAGGGGGGACACGUACUCUAGCUCCCCCAGCCGAGCCUCUCCGGUCAGGCAGACCUUCCGCAAGGACUCAGCCUCCUCCUCCGUGUUUGUGGAGAGCCCCAAGUCUAGGCCCAGUUCCAGCUCUGACCCUCUGGUCCUGCAGGCCGGGCCGGGAGGGGACGGGAGCAGGUUUGCACCCGGAUACAGCUCCCCACUCCCUGGAGAGACUUCUGAGUCCAGGGAGCGUCUGGAUCGUCUGGAUCGUAUGGAGGCCAUGGAGAAACAGAUAGCCAGUCUGACAGGCCUGGUUCAGAGUGUACUGACCAAAGCACCCGACAGUGACAGCACAUGCGGCCUACUGCGUCUCUGCAUGAUGGCGGGCUGCCCUCCGGACCAGGGCUCGGAGUUCUCACGGCCCUUCCCUUUCUCUUCCAGCGAGAAGACCGAAUCCAACAGCGACGGAUCCGCCACUGGAAUCUACCUCUGUCCAGGAACUGAGCUGGAAACCUUUACCUGUGCUCCCAAGACUGCGUGUGGAACUCUGACGCCGUCGGCCCCGCUGGCUCUGAUGCCCCCCCCUCCCUCCGGAGACAGCCAGGUCACCACCGUCACCCGGCUGCAGAUGCAGCUUCACCUCCACGACCUGCAGCAGAACGCCACCGACCUGCGCAAACAACUCUCCCAGCUCCGCAAGAUGCAGCUCCAGAACCAGGAUAGUGUGAAGACGCUGCUGAAAAGAACGGAGAAGGAGCUGAACGUGCGUGUGAGUGACGCUCUGAGGAAGCAGGAGGACCCUCUGCAGCGACAGCGCCUCCUGGUGGAAGAGGAGAGACUCAAGUACCUCAACGAGGAGGAGUUUAUCAUCCAGCAGCUCCAUGACCUGGAGAAGUCAGUGGAGGAUAUCCAGAAGGGUUCGUCUGUCAAUCACAAACUGGUGACGGUUCAGGAGCUGGAGGAGAAGGCCUCGCUUCUAAGGAAACUAGGAGAGACACUCACAGAGCUCAAGAACCAGUUCCCCAGUCUGCAGAGUAAGAUGCGGGUGGUGUUGAGGGUGGAGGUGGAGGCUGUCAAGUUCCUGAAGGAGGAGCCACACAGACUGGACGCCCUGCUGAAACGCUGCAAGAGCGUCACUGAAACACUGACCACUAUGCGCAGGCAAGUGAACGAGGGCGUAUGGAAGAAGCAGGAGGACUUCCCCAAGCACAGCAGUGAGGACUUCCGUAAGAGUUCUGACUUUGACAUGCCCACCAGCCCCCCUCUCAACCUCAGUGACCUGAGGGGCGGCAGCAGCCUGUCUAACUGGAGCCCCCACUCCAGCCACAGCCAUAGUCACAGUCAUGGACACAGCCACCCCUCCUCUGGCCCUCACAGGGACAAUCAUCCCCCUGUGCCUCACAAGGGCCGGGCCCUGGAAGAGCUGGCCAACCGCGCUGCCGCUGAUAAGGCUGUGUCUGUGGAGGUUCGACUGGCAGCAGAGCGGGACUGGGAGGAGAAGCGGGCCAGUCUGACCCAGUACAGUGCUCAAGACAUCAACCGUCUGCUGGAGGAGACCCAGGCUGAGCUGAUGAAGGCCAUCCCAGACCUGGACUUUGCCGCCAAGCAGAUCAACAAGCCCUCCUCCAACACACCCUCCCAGUCUCAGACCCCCCAGAGUGGGGGAGGGACCACAGAGCACCGCCCUACCAAGCCCCAGCACCUCACACACAAGCUCUCGGGGAAGGAACCUGGCUCCAGACGUGGUUCUGAUGCAGAGCAGCUGACAGUGACUCGCUAUCGUACAGAGAAGCCCUCGAAGUCGCCCCCUCCCCCACCACCUCGACGCAGCUUCCCAUCAUCCCCGGCUGGCCUGAUCACCCGCAGUGGAGAGACCCUUAUCCCCGGCAAGAGCAUGAAGUCGGAGGUGGAGGAGGCAGAAGCACAGAAGCCCUAUGUGAAGCUGCGACGGACGGUGUCUGAAAACCCGCGUCCUGCGUCCACCCCUCCCACCAUCGCCUCUGGAGACAAGGAGGAAGGAGAGGAGGACAAGAUCGCUGCUGAACUGGAGCUGUCUAGAGCGUCGUUGGACCGCUCUGGCCUACAGUGGAAGCAGGGCAGCUCAGACUGCACUGCCAGCAUACUGGCAUCACACUCACAGGCACAGAGCACGGCCCUUCCUGGUCCAUCCUUCUCUCCUGUCCCCCGGAUUGUGCUGACAGAGUGUGUGUCAGUUUCACUCUCUCCCUCAGAAGGCUUUGUCAGAGACUUGACACAGGACCAUCAGAUGUCCCCAACAGUGGACCUGUCCCAGAGCCAGACUGCUCCUCCCCAGACAGUCCCCCAGAUCCAGGAGGUCUCUAAGGGGAAGGAUCCCGUCAGCCAGCCCCAGAGGAAGCCCUCUCGGCGGGGGGAGCUGAGAAUCCUGGACUCCUUUGAGAAGGAGGAAGAGAGGGAGGAGAGAGAAGAGCUGUCCUUGGUGCUGACUGAGCUGGGGGUGAUGGUGAUGUCACCCUCGGAGGCCCAGAAGCUCAGCAGGACCUGGGGAGAGGCUCUACAGACACUCACCAUCCCACCUCAGCCUUCAGAGGAAAGCACUGAAACCCGUCUGUGUGGGGCUCCACUACUGGUACACUUCAGGGAGACUGUGACGGUCAGAGAGGCCUACAGGAUGCUGCAGUUACUGCUGGGCAGGGAGGAAGACACAGGGUUAACCAAGGUGGACCCCAAGCCCAGAGCAGGAUCUUCUCACUGCAGCCUGAGCAGCAGCCUCGGUACCCUGGGUUCCAGGAUAACUCUCGCCCCUGAGCAGCAGGACUCUCUGAGAGAGGUUCUGAGGAGAGGGGUGGAGACAGGGGCCAGGAACCUGAAACUCCCUCACAGCACUGGAACAAAGAGUAUUCUAUCCACCCUUCCGGAGCCCAGUCAGGACUCUGCAGAAGCAGCAGUGAAACCCAAAGGGUUUGCAGGUUGUAAGGAGAGCCAGGCCAGGGAAGAACAGGGACUGAACCCCUGGAAGCAGGGAGAGGACAUUAGGAGCAGCACCUACAGCAGGCUGGACAGCCUGGAUGAAACCAUCCGUGAGCUGGAGAACACCCUGCUGGAGCUCAGUGGCCACCCCACCACAGUGCAUCUCUCCAACCGCACACACCCCACUGACACUUCCUUGUCAGAGACUCCAGCCCCAGCCCAGAUGCCUGGCACCAGCACCUCAGAGACCAAGAAGCCCCCAGUCCCACCCAAGCCCAAACCCUCCUACACUCCUGCCACAAUGACCAAGGGAGGCAACAGCUCUUCAGCUGUGGGUAAAGUCCACUCCUCGGCUGCCUCUCGACUGAAGCACCUGCAGCAGAGCAGCACAGAGAAGACUAAAACUGGCAAGAGGGAAGACUUCCUCAAGGGCCAGCAGCAGUGAGUGAGGGACCAGCCCGUGCCUGUCCUCUCCAGACUCCUCCUCAGCACCAACCAUCUGACUACAGAGCUACAUCUGACCCCCACCCCAUCCCCUGCUACUCCUAGUCCACGCCCUUAAGCCCCCCUACCCUCUGUUGGCAUAACAUGGGUAUUAGCAGUCUCUGACUCCUGUACCCUCUCAUGUCCUACAUUGACCCCACAAUGCACAAGAUUUCUACCACUCUCCCCUUGGUGUGUUUGCGUGUGUGUUCUGUAUGUUUGUGUGUGUGCAUGUCUGUGUGAUUGGAAGGGGACCACUACCAACUAUAUGACUGUACUCUGUUUUCAUUUCUCUUUUUUCCCCUGAAACCUUUCCAAUUUUCCCCAAUUCUCCAUGUUCCUCCUCCUGUUCCUCCUCUUCCUGGUCUGUCCCUGGGUCUGACCCAUAGGCCCAUG